AUGACUCAAGUGGAUGAUAAGGAAAUGUAUGUGAAAGGUAUGAUCCAGAACAGGGAGAAUGACAAAGUCACAGUCAAGACCUUCGAUGACCGGCCCAUGGGCAUCUUCUCCAUCCUGGAAGAGGAGUGCAUGUUCCCCAAGGCCACAGACACUUCCUUCAAGAACAAGCUGUAUGACCAGCACCUGGGCAAAUCCAGCAACUUCCAGAAACCCAAGCCCACCAAAGGCAAGGCCGAGGCCCACUUCUUGCUGGUGCACUACGCCGGCACCGUGAACUACAAUAGUGCUGGCUGGCUUGACAAGAACAAGGACCUGCUCAACAAGACUGUGUUUGGGCUGUACCAGAAGUCUUCACUGAAGCUGCUGUCCUUUCUGUUUUCCAGCUACGCUGGUGCAGAAGCAGGUGACUCUGGGGGAAGCAAGAAGCGCAGGAAGAAGAAGGGCUUUUCCUUCCAGACCGUGUCCAUAGUGUUCAGGGAAAAUUUAAACAAACUGAUGACCAAUCUAAGGAGCACACACCCACGCUUUGUACAGUGUCUGAUUCCCAGACUCCCGCCACAAACACCCCGGGACCUUCUCUCCCCCGGCGUGAUGGUGCUGCACCAGCUGUGCUGUAACAGCGUCCUCAAGGGCAUCCGGAUCUGCAGGAAAGGAUUCCCCAGCCGAAUCCUCUGCGCUGACUUCCAACAACGGUACCGGAUCCUCAAUGCCAGUGCCAUCCCAGAAGGACAGUUUAUUGAUAGCAAGAAUGCUUCUGAAAAGCUUCUGAACUCCAUGGACGUGGACUGGGAGCAGUACAGGUUUGGCCAUACCAAGGUGUUUUUCAAAGCUGGACUCCUGGGCCUUUUGGAGGAGAUGAGAGACGAGAAGCUGGUGACCCUGAUGACACACACCCAGUCCUUGUGCAGGGACCUGAUGCCAGUGGGGUUCAGGAAGAUGACGGAGAGGAGGUGACCUCUAAUGGGUAUGCAGUAUAAAGUCCGUGCAUUCAUGAACGUCAAGCACUGGCCCUGGAUGAACUUGUUCUUCAAGAUCAAGCCCGUGCUCAAGAGUUCAGAGGCAGAGAAGGGGAUGGUCACCAAGAAGGAGGACUUCGAGAGGACCAAGGAAGAACUGGCCAGAUCUGAGGCUUGCCGGAAGGAGCUGGAGGAGAAAAUGGUCUCCCUGAUGCAGGAGAAGAAUGACUUCCAGUUACAGGUCCAGUCUGAAACUGAAAAUCUAAUGGACGCUGAGGAACGGUGUGAGGGGCUUAUCAAAAGCACUAUUCAACUGGAAGCGAAAGUCAAGGAGCAGAACGAGAGACUGGAAGAAGAAGAAGAAAUGAACUCCGAGCUAGUUGCAAAGAAGAGGAACCUAGAAGAUAAAUGCUCCUCGCUCAAGAAAGACAUUGACGACCUGGAGCUAACCCUGACUAAAGUGGAGAAAGAGAAGCAUGCCAUGGAGAACAAGGUGAAGAAUCUUUCUGAAGAAAUGACAGCUCUUGAACAAAACAUUUCCAAACUGACCAAAGAGAAGAAAUCUCUACAGGAAGCCCAUCAGCAAACAUUGGAUGAUCUUCAGGUCGAGGAAGAGCAAGUCCAUGACCUAAUCAAAAUCAAUGUCAAGCUUGAACAGCAAAUGAAUGAUCUCGAGGGCUGCCUAGAGCAGGAGAAGAAACUGCGGGCAGACCUGGAGAGAGUGAAGAGGAAGCUGGAAGGAGACCUGAAAAUGUCCGAGGAAUCCCUUCUGGAUCUAGAAAACGACAAGCAGCAAGUGGAGGAGAAGCUGAAGAAGAAAGAGUUUGAAAUCAGUCAUUUACAGACCAAGACUGAUGACGAACGAGUCCACAGUUUGCAGUCACAAAAGAAGAUCAAAGAACUGCAGGCCCGCAAAGAAGAGCUGUAGGAAGAAAUUGAAGUGGAACACACACUCAGAGCCAAGAUUGGGAAGCAGUGCUCCAACCUGGCCAGGGAGCUGGAGGAGAUCAGCGAGCAGCUGGAAGAAGCCAGCGGGGCGACUUUAGCCCAGAUCGAGAUGAACAAAAAGCGGGAGGCUGAGUUCCAGAAACUGCGCGGGGACCUAGACGAGACCAUGCAGCAUGAGGCCACAGUGGCCACCCUGAGGAAGAAGCACGCGGACAGUGUGGCCGAGCUCGGGGAGCAGACUGACAACCUGCAGCGAGUCAAACAGAAGCUGGAGAAGGAGAAGAGCGAGUUGAAGAUGGAGAUCGACGACAUGGCCAGCAACAUUGAGACCAUCUCCAAGUCUAAGAGUAACAUGGAAAGAAUGUGCUGGACCAGGGAAGACCAACUCAAUGAAAUCAAGGCCAAGGAUGACCAACAGACACAGUUGAUCCAUGAUCUGAACAUACAGAAGGCACGACUGCAGUCCCAAAAUGGGGAGCUGAGCCACCAAGUGGAAGAGAAGGAGUCUCCGAUUUCACAGCUAACCAAAGGCAAGCAGGUCCUUGCCCAGCAGCUGGAGGAGCUUAAGAGGCAACUGGAAGAAGAAACCAAGGCCAAGAGCGCCCUGGCCCACGCCCUGCAGUCCACACGCCAUGACUGUGACCUGCUCCGGGAACAGUACGAGGAGGACCAGGAAUCCAAGGCUGAGAUGCAGACGGCGCUGUCCAAGGCCAACUCUCAGGUUGCCCAGUGGAGGACCAAAUACGAGACAGACGCUAUCCAGCAUGCAGAGGAGCUGGAGGAGGCCAAGUAUGGGCUCCGAGGAAAAAAACUGGCACAGAGGCUCCAGGAGGCGGAGGAGAACAUGGAGGCGGUGAACUCCAAGUGUGCUUCCUUGGAGAAAACAUAGCAGAGGCUCCAGGGAGAAGUGGAUGACCUGAUGCUUGACUCGGAGCAGGCCCACACAACCUGUACCACCCUGGACAAGAAGCAGAGGAACUUUGAUAAGGUCCUUGCAGAGUGGAAGCAAAAGCUGGACAAAAGUCAAGCUGAGUUGGAAGGUGCUCAGAAACAGUCCAGGUCCCUCAGUACUGAAAUUUUCCAGCUGAGGAAUCCCUACGAGGAGGUGGUAGAUAGGUUAGAGACCCUGAGGCAGGAGAACAAAAAUCUGCAAGAAGAGAUUUGUGACUUAACUAAGCAGAUUGCAGAAACUAGCAAGAAUCUUCAGGAAGUGGAAAAGACCAAGAAGCAAGUGGAGCAAGAAAAGUCAGCUCUCCAGGUUGCCUCGGAGGAGGUGGAGGGUUCCUUGGAGCAUGAAGAGAGCAAGAUCUUGCGUGUCCAGCUAGAGAUGAGUCAGGUAAAGUCCAAGCUUGAACGGAAGGUCACUGAGAAGGAUGAAGAAAUUGAGCAGCUGAAACGAAACAGCCAGCAAGCAGCUAAGGCCAGGCAGAGCCUGCUGGAGGCCGAAAUCCGGAGCUGGAACGAUGCCCUGAGGCGGAAGAACAAGAUGGAGGGGGACCUCAAUGAAAUGGAGAUGCAGCUGGGCCAUGCCAACCGCCAGGUGGCGGAGACCCAGAAACACCUGUGCACAGUCCAGGGCCAGCUUAAAGAUUCCCAGCUGCACCUGGAUGAUGCCCUGAGGAGCAAUGAGGACCUCAAGGAACAGCUGGCCAUUGUGGAUCGCAGGAACGGCCUCUUGGUGCAGGAGCUAGAGGAGACAAAGGUGACCCUGGAGUAGACGGAGCGGACCCGCCGGCUGUCAGAGCAGGAGCUGCUGGACGCCAGCAACCAGGUGCAGCUCCUGCACUCCCAGAACACAAGUCUGAUAAAUAUCAAGAAAAAACUGGAAGCUGACAUAGCUCAAUGCCAGGCAGAAGUGGAAAACUCUAUCCAGGAGUAGAAUGCGGAGGAGAAGGCCAAGAAGGCUAUCACGGAUGCAGCCAUGAUGGCAGAGGAGCUGAAGAAGGAGCAGGACACCAGCGCCCACCUGGAGACGAUGAAGAAGAACCUGGAGCAGACGGUGAAGGACCUGCAGCACCGUCUGGAUGAGGCUGAGCAGCUGGCCCUGAAGGGGGGCAAGAAGCAGAUGCAGAAACUGGGGAACCGGGUGCGGGAGCUGGAAAGUGAGCAGAAGAGGGGGGCUGAAGCUCUCAAGGGGGCCCACAAAUAUGAAAGGAAGGUCAAGGAAAUGACUUACCAGGCCGAGGAAGACCGCAAGAACAUCCUCAGGCUCCAGGACCUGGUGGACAAGCUGCAGGCCAAAGUGAAAGCUUACAAGAGGCAGGCGGAGGAGGCCGUGAGUACAGAGGAGCAGGCCAACACGCAGCUGUCCAUGUGCCGCAGAGUCCAGCACAAGCUGGAGGAGGCAGAGGAGAGGGCCGACAUUGCCGAGUCCCAGGUCAACAAGCUGAGGGCCAAGAGCCGGGAUGUGGGAGGCCAGGUAAGAGCAGACACCUGGGCGUGGCUUCUUCCCAAGGAGUCCCAAGACCCAGGGGCCCAGAGACCACCCAGGGAGAGUUUGGAGGCCGCCCAUUGGAGCCCCCACCCCAGCGACCUGCCCGCUUUGCGAGGGAGCGCCCAACCCUCGGCGGGCGUGGUGGCCCUGGCCCCGCCCCGCCGCGCCCCGCCCCCUCGCGCCGAGAGAGCCCCCUCCCGGCAGCCCGGCCGCCAGCCCCUCUCCACGUACGCCCGGACCCUCUCUCGCCGCGGAGUCGGGCGGUGGGUGAUGCUCGGGGUCCCACCUCCCUGGGGAGCGACGUAUUUCCGCGCACCGGGGCAGCCCCGGCUCCGGCCGGCCCUCGCGGCGGCGGCCCGCGCUCCGCGUCCCCGGGAAGUUGCCUCCGGAGCCCGCGGCGCCUCGCCAGCGAGUCUCCGCUUCCCUUCGCCGAGCGCGCGUCCCCCGCCUGGCCGGGGACCCCGCGCACCCCCGAGACGGCGCGCGCUCAGAGCGCGGGAGCCCGGAGCGCCGGGCGCCUGGGACCCCGCGGAGCCGCUGUCCACCCCGCGGGGCUCGGCAGGGAUGCAGGCUGCGCUGUGA